AUGUCCCUGAACGAGAUAUGGGAUUCUGCUGGUGGAAACCCAUUCUAUCCCUUAGUCUCGAAGAAUAGUCAUUUGUUCAUUGCUUCUACCCUUCUAGUAACCUCUGUCAUUCUUGUUGGCUUCUUCGGGAUUAAUCGGUCCCUUCUCAAUCUUCCGUUACUUGGAGUGCCAGCUUCAUUGGCAUUUGGAUUUGGUGCUGUGUUUAUGAUAUGUGCUGUUGGAGUUUACGUCUAA